GACACAGACACCGCCCUCGGUUUCCAUGGCAGCCUGAGAAGCGUGGCUUCCUGCUCUGAGGUUCCAGGAUGCAGCGCGAAGGCCACGUCACGGAGGCGGACCGGGGCUUGUGGGAUAGAGACAAUUGAGAGCCCGGGUUCCAAACCUGAGGGGCGGGAGCCUCAGGAAGCGACGGGCCUGGGAUUGGCUAAAUACACAUGCCUGCAGCAAACCCAAAGUCUUGUUGUCUUGGUGCAUCCUUCCCAGCUGCAUUAAAGCAGCUCACCAUUCCUGGAGAUGUCAGUCAUACUUUUCGCUUCGGUGGUCCGUGUAAGAGACGGACUCCCACUCUCAGCCUCAACAGACCAUGAACAGAACAUGUCCGUGCAAGAGACCAAGAAGUACCUUAAAGUGGUUUCCAAAAAGCUGGAGCAACUCCCUGAUAGGUGCACACUGAAGAGAGGACCACACAAUGUUCAUUCCAUCAGCUCUCUUGGGGUCGGGUACAUGAUGCUCUGCUCAGAGAAUUACCCCAUUGUCUUGGCCUUUUGCUUCCUGGACGAGUUACAGAAGGAAUUUAUAACCACCUAUGUGAUGUCCCAGAUCAACACUGCCAUCAGGCCUUACUCUUUCAUUGAGUUUGAUAAUUUCAUUCAGAAAACCAAGCAGAGAUUUAAUAAUCCUCGGUCCCUUUCUACAAAGAUGAACCUCGCUGACAUGCAGACGGAGAUCCGACUUAGACCCCCUUACCAGGUGUCAUUGCAGGAGGCGGGCCUGGCAAAUGGCCUUAACCACCGAAAGCACCUGGAAUAUAAGGGUAUAGCUUCUCAGCAGAGACUGGAGCCUCUGACGCUGACUGGCAUCAUCUCUUUGCUACUCACCCUGCUGUGUGCUGGACUGAACCUAAUCCGGGGAUUUCACGCUAUAGAAAGUCUGCUGCAGAACGACAAUGAUUUCAGCUGCGUUAUUGCUUUUUUCCUGGGAACUGCAGCCUGUAUUUACCAGUGCUAUCUGUUUGCCUAUAGUACAAGCUGGAGAAACGUCAAAUCCUUCCUGGCAUUUGGCCUGAUCUGUCUCUGCAACAUGUACCUACACGAAUUGCGCACCCUCUGGCAGCUCUUCUUCCACGUUACAGUUGGGGCUUUUAUUACGUUACAGAUCAGACUGCGGCAGCCACAGAGCAAGUCUCCUGAUUAUAACGUGUGACAGGACAGGCCAGAAACCCCGACUGGGACACUUAGUAACCCUUCUGCUCAUCUGCCCGUACACCUUAACCUUGGGAUCCUGCACAUUCCUCCCAUAGGCACACGGGAACCUUCCCACGACCAGGGAUUUUAAUGCAUUGUUUCUUUUCCUUGAAUAAGGACUCAGUUCGUGUUAUUGCCUUUGUAAGGCAGGGAUAUUGUCUGUAUAAAUAAACACUGCCUCUGGGGGCUCAUGUAAUGUC